UGUAUAUGUGAACUUCCCAUGAGGGACAAUUAAUACUAUGUCAUGCGUCAUACAGUGCUUCAGAUCCUUCAGUGCUUUAAUCUACCAUCACAUGUUUCAGAUCCUUUUAUCUUGUAAAAAAACUUAUAUCCGGAAAACAUAUAGAUUUCACCGUAGGAACUUUUUCAUUAAUUUCAUUGUAGCACAUUGGUAAUGUCAGCAACUAUAAAAUUCGAUAUCGGAUAGGCACCCCUUCUGCACAAAAAAAAAAAAACGUUUCAGUAACUAAAUGGAACUUCUCAAUCUCCUCCACUUACCAAUUUCUCUAAUAACGGCUCCUUUUUUGCUUGGUUUCCUUGUGCUAUCUUGGAAGAACUAUGGAAGGAAAUCCAACAAUGAUCAAAAACAAGAAGCACCAGAGGCACCAGGGGGGAGACGAAUAAUGGGUCACCUUCAUCUUUUCGACGAAAUGGAUUCGAUGCAUCGAAAACUUGGUUCCAUGGCCGAUGAAUAUGGUCCUGCUUUCACCAUCCGACUCGGUUCUCACAAAACACUAGUUGUAAGUAACUGGGAAUUGGUUAAAGAAUGUUUUACUACAAAUGAUAUAUGCUUCUCAAAUCAUCCGGCUAUUCUAUCUGUUAAGCUCUUGUUUUACGGCGUUGUCUCAAUUAGUCUCAUAAAUCAAUUUACGACUGGUUAUGUUCCUUAUGGAGCUUAUUGGAGAGAACUAAGAAAAUUUUCAGCUAUAAAACUUCUUUCGAAUUAUCGUCUUGAAACGUUGAAGGAUUUGAGAACUUCUGAAGUCGACUCGAGCUUUAAAUCUUUGUGUAGUCACUGCAAGGGAAAUGAUGUAACAUUUUCUUCGGUGAGGUUGGAUAGUUGGUUGGGAGAUUUGGCAUUUAAUGUGAUAGCCAGAAUUGUCAUCGGAAAGAAGAAUUUCGCAACAAAUGGAGCGGAGAGAUAUAAGGCAGCUAUGCAGGAAGCUAUGAGACUAGUGACAGUUUUUGCAUUUGCGGAUGUGUUUCCGGCAUUAAGUUGGUUAGACAAUUUUACAGGUUUAACUAGAGACUUGAAAAAAUGUGCAUAUGAGAUCGACCAAAUACUUUCCAGUUGGGUUGAAGAACACCGUUUGCAGAGAAUUGACGGGAUUACAUCACCGGAACUUGAGCAGGAUUUUAUUGAUUCUUGUUUGGAUAAUCUCCAAGAGAUUUCUUCGCUGCCGGGUACUGAUCCUGAUAUUGUCAUCAAAUCGACUUGUCUGGAUACGAUAAUGAAUGGGAGCGACACUCUAGCCUUAACACUGACAUGGGCAAUUUCCUUGCUCUUAAACCAUCCGGACGCGCUAAAGAAAGCACAGGAGGAGUUAGAUGCACGCGUAGGAAAAGAUCGAAAAGUGGAAGAAUCUGAUAUCCAAAAUCUUGCAUUCAUCCCGGCAAUCAUCAACGAGACGAUGAGGUUGUAUCCAGUCGGACCAUUGUCUCGGAGCACGGUCGAGGACUGUGAAGUAGGUGGGUACCAUGUUCCGGCUGGCACGCGUUUAUUGGUCAAUCUUUGGAAGAUGCAAAGAGAUGGGAACGUAUACAAAGAUGAUCCAUUAGAGUUUAGACCUGAGAGGUUCUUGACAAGUAAUGCAGAUGUGGAUCUUAAGGGCCAACAUUAUGAAUUGUUACCAUUUGGAGCGGGUCGAAGGAUAUGCCCUGGCGUGUCGAUGUCUGUUCAGUUGUUGCAUUUGAUUCUUGCUCGAGUGAUUCAUGAGUUUGAAAUUACGACAGAAGGAAAAGUGGAUAUGAGUGAAAGAAUAGGGUUUUUGUUUUAUAAGAAAAUGCCAUUGGAAGUACUGAUUAGACCUCGGCUCAGCGGAGUUGGGGAAUAACUGAUUAAGGAUCACCGUAAUUUAUCCUUCUUACAGCAAAUGUUACGAUGGAAGAAUUCCAUGUUCCAAAUUUCAUGCCGCAUCACCAUUUGGAAUAGAUCAUGGAAGUGCAAGUUUAAUAGUGGAAUCCAAAAAAAUCCCUAAUAGAAUAGCAUUUUACGCCAAUCGUUUUAACGAUUUUCAACUUUUGUGUAUCACCAUCAAAUACGUAUAUUCUUUUACGAACUUGUGAAAUGCGAAGUAAUAAUUAAGUAACAAGUAACA